AUGGAGCCCAACUCAGUGGUAAAGCGGGCUCUGGCAAGUCUGUCUCUGGUAGCGCUGCGCUCUGGCAAGGCUGUCUCUGGUGAAGCGGGCUCUGGGGGCUCUGGUAAGGUUAACUCUGGUGAGGCGGGCUCUGGCAAGGUUGUCUGUGGUGAAGCGGGCUCUGGUAAGGUUGUCUCUGGUGAGGCGGGCUCUGGCAAGUUUAUCUCUGGUGAAACGGGCUCAGGUAAGGUUGUUUUUGGUGAAGUGGGCUCUGGUAAGGUUGUCUCUGGUGAGGCAGGCUCUGGUAAGGUUGUCUCUGGCGAGGCGGGCUCUGGCAAGGUGUCUCUGGUAGCGCUGCACUCUGGCAGAGCUUCUCUGGUAGCGCUACACUCUGGCAUGGUUGUCUCUAGUAUUGCUAAGCACAGCGCUGAUGAGUAUUCUAUCUAG